CCGUGGCCUAUUUCUACGACCCAGACGUGGGAAAUUUCCAUUACGGAGCUGGGCACCCCAUGAAGCCGCACCGCCUGGCGCUCACACACAGCCUGGUCCUGCACUACGGCCUCUACAAGAAGAUGAUCUCAAACAAUUCUGUGAUUCUAUGAAACUACUGGCACACAAACCCAGUAGAGCAGCUUCAUGGAGCAACUUCAGUUGGAACCAACACGACUGUCCGGAACCUCAUGUGUUGAAAUGUGUUUUGAUCCACCUCAGGCAGGUUUUCAAACCAUACCAGGCAUCCCAGCAUGACAUGUGCCGGUUCCACUCCGAGGACUACAUAGACUUCCUGCAGAGAGUGAGUCCCAACAAUAUGCAAGGCUUCACCAAGAGCCUCAACGCCUUCAAUGUGGGUGAUGACUGCCCGGUGUUUCCAGGCCUCUUCGAAUUCUGCUCCCGCUACACUGGGGCCUCCCUGCAGGGAGCAACGCAGCUGAACAACAAGAUCUGUGAUAUUGCAAUAAACUGGGCAGGAGGCCUGCACCAUGCCAAAAAGUUUGAGGCUUCUGGGUUUUGUUAUGUUAACGACAUUGUUAUUGGCAUCCUGGAGCUGCUCAAAUAUCACCCACGUGUUCUGUACAUUGAUAUCGAUAUCCAUCAUGGAGACGGCGUACAGGAGGCUUUCUACCUGACUGACCGUGUCAUGACGGUGUCAUUUCACAAAUAUGGGAACUACUUCUUUCCUGGUACAGGUGACAUGUACGAAGUCGGCGCAGAGAGUGGUCGUUAUUACUGUCUCAAUGUGCCGCUACGAGACGGCAUUGAUGACCAAAGUUACAAACACCUCUUCCAGCCAGUCAUUAACCAGGUGGUGGAUUACUACCAGCCUACCUGCAUAGUGCUGCAGUGUGGUGCAGAUUCCCUCGGCUGUGACCGCUUGGGCUGUUUUAACCUCAGUAUAAGAGGACAUGGGGAGUGCGUGGAGUAUGUGAAGAGCUUCAACAUCCCCUUGCUGGUGCUGGGAGGAGGAGGCUACACAGUCCGUAACGUGGCACGGUGUUGGACGUAUGAAACAUCGUUGCUUGUAGAUGAAGCAAUUAGUGAAGAGCUCCCAUACAGUGAGUACUUUGAAUACUUUGCUCCGGACUUCACCCUGCAUCCUGAUGUCAGCACGAGGAUUGAAAAUCAGAACUCCCGGCAGUACUUGGAUCAGAUCAGACAGACGAUAUUUGAGAAUCUGAAGAUGCUGAACCAUGCUCCCAGCGUGCAGAUCCAUGAUGUCCCUUCUGACCUGCUUAGCUACGAUCGCACAGAUGAGCCUGAUCCGGAGGAGAGAGGCUCUGAGGAAAACUACAGCAGGCCUGAAGCUGCUAACGAGUUUUAUGACGGUGACCACGAUAACGACAAAGAAAGCGACGUGGAGAUCUGAGGGCUUUGUGGUGGGGCUCAGAACUGCAGGGGGCCCCACAUUGGACAUGGGUGCUUGGUGCUGUUAACUGGACCAUGCAGGAACCAUUUCGCCCUCCCUUCGUGUUUGAUUGCGUGCGGUGGCAGCGGGAACGGCACCACUGCUACCUGGAGAGGCAGAGAGCACUGCAACAUUUUCCUUACGGUCCUGGCUGUCACCGCUGUGGGCAAUGGACAUUCAAGUAGCGCUCAAAUUCGUGCUGUGUGCUGGAUGGCAGCUGGGCAACUGCCGUCAGAGCCUGACCUGUGCUGGUUCAGCCACCCCUGAAACUCCCUGUAGGCUCCUUCUGGCAAGGUGGGAGCUGGAGCGGUUGUGCCUACGAUCCCUGCCUCUCCUCAGCGGGAACACCCAACACAUUCUGCUCUCCCAGCCCUCCACUCUGGUACCCAGUCGAUCAUCCUGCACCGAGGGCUGCUUCCUGACCUCCUUUCUGACCAUCCUACACUCCACAGUUCAAGGAAAACUGUUAGAGAAGACCAGACCAGUUGUGGGAUGAGGGUCAGGAGCAUCCCAGGAGCAGGGGGCAGCUGAUGGAACAGGAUGGAGGAAUGCAUGCAGGGCGUCGUUUUGUUUGUUUCCCCCCAUACUCAAUUCUGUGUUCACAAACGAGUGCUGCAACAUUUGCCGAGUUGGACCUAACUUCCCCGUUUCUGUUAUUCCUCGAGAGGCUCAAAUCGCUGUGGAACAGAGGUUUGGCUGCCAAGGUCAGUACAUAGUGCGUCUUGCACCUCUAAUGUCACUUCCAGCUGGGUUUUCCAGGUUCACACAUGGCUCUUCUAUGCGGUAGCGAGAGAUGUAGGCUGCUUGCUCUGAGUGGAAACCGUUCCCUCCUGGCUGUGCCCAGGAGAUGUCGCUCUGCCCGUGGGUGAGGGAAGCUGCUUCCCCCAUGUCCUUGUCUCCUGUUCACACAGCAGAGAUUUUUCUUGGCCAUCCCUCAAAUCCCAAACUUUGCUGCUUCUUCUCCAAAGCCAUCACCUGGUACCUGUCCUGGGUUGGAGCGCGGCAGGGGGUUUAGCCUCUGUACCGUUCUGUUUACCGAUGUCUUUAAACAUUAAACGAAGAGACAGUAUUUUUCUUACCUGA